CUCAUCCUCUUGAUUCCUUUCUUCUUUGGCAUUCCAAUAGUUUUAUACUACUUGCUAUUGAUUCCUUUAUUUAUAGCAUUGAGAGUGAGAGAGAGAGAGAGAGAAAGAGAAAGAGAAAGAAGGAGGAGAGAUGAAGAAAGAGGAGGAGCAGAAGAGGACUCUGUUUGGGAUCAAUCUCUCAGAGAAGACAAGAUGGCAACAGUUUCUUUUAUGUUCAGGAGGUUUCUUUAUUGGUUACCUUGUCAAUGGUGUUUGUGAAGAGUAUGUAUAUAAUCGCCAGGGAUUCAGCUAUGGUUGGUACUUUACUUUCGUUCAAGGUUUUGUGUACUUGGCUCUCAUAAGAUUGCAUGGCUUCACCAUGGACCAUGUUGUCAAUCCAUGGAGCUCUUAUGUGAAACUCUCUGCUGUUCUCAUGGCCUCCCAUGGCCUUACUAAGGGCUCUCUGGCUUUCCUCAACUACCCUGCUCAACUAAUGUUCAAGUCCACAAAGGUGUUGCCUGUAAUGGUUAUGGGGGCAUUCAUUCCAGGCCUUAGACGAAAGUAUCCGGCUCAUGAAUAUUUCUCGGCAAUAUUGCUUGUUUUGGGUCUCAUUCUUUUCACUCUUGCCGAUUCUCAAACAUCGCCAAAUUUCAGUGUUAUUGGAGUGUUCAUGGUCUGUGGUGCGCUUAUAAUGGAUUCCUUUCUUGGUAAUUUGCAAGAAGCCAUCUUUACUGUGAAUCCUGAAACAACACAGAUGGAAAUGCUCUAUUGUUCGACAACUGUUGGUUUGCCUAUGUUGAUCCCUCCCAUGAUUUUUACUGGCGAGUUGAUCAAAGCUUGGAACUCAUGCUAUGAACAUCCAUAUGUGUAUGCGGUGCUGGCUUUCGAAGCCAUUGCCACCUUCGUCGGUCAGGUUUCCGUCUUGUCGCUGAUUGCAAUAUUCGGUGCAGCAAAUACAGCAAUGGUUACUACUGCAAGGAAAGCAGUGACUCUUUUGCUAUCGUAUAUGAUAUUCAAGAAGGCAUUAACCGAGCAACAUGCCACUGGGCUCAUACUUAUCGCCAUGGGAAUCAUCAUAAAGCUCAUCCCAGAUAAUAAGCAACCGCAUCCGCAUAAUCAUAAACAACGACAGCAAUGGCAACAAAAGCAAAAACAAAAUGAACAAGAGUUACAAGAACCAGAAGAAGAAGAAAGGCGACCAUUGGUUUAAUGGAAGAAACAAGGGUUUAGUUUCGGAAAGAUUCACUUAUGACUUUUAACACCAAUUCAUGCUUCAAUUGAGGUAAUGAAUACUGUUGACUUCACUUUGCUCUCUUUGUACUGAAACUGAUUCUUUUAACCUUGCUUGAACUGAGUAUAUACAAUUCCUUCAAAUGUAUCAUAAUUAUCAUUCAAGUCAUCAUUAAAGUACUCUCAUACA